AGAACAUGGCGGCGGCGGACCUCGCUCACAUUCCUGAUGUGGACAUCGACUCCCACGGCGUCUUCAAGUAUGUGCUGAUCCGAGUCCACUCGGCUCCGCGCUCCGGGGCUCCGGCUGCGGAGAGCAAGGAGAUCGUGCGCGGCUACAAGUGGGCCGAGUACCAUGCGGACAUCUACGACAAAGUGUCGGGCGACAUGCAGAAGCAGGGCUGUGACUGUGAGUGUCUGGGCGGCGGACGCAUCUCCCACCAGAGCCAGGACAAGAAGAUUCACGUGUACGGCUACUCCAUGGCCUAUGGUCCUGCCCAGCACGCCAUUUCAACUGAGAAAAUCAAAGCCAAGUACCCCGACUACGAGGUUACCUGGGCUAACGAUGGCUACUGAGCACUCCCAGCCUGGGGCCUGCUACCUCCAGCAGCCAUGUCGGAGCCCCCGCCUUUGCCUGCACCCCUUUCAGGGUUGGCCCUGCCUGCUUCUGCGGCAGCUCCUGGUGACGUGCUAUCUGCCAGGCUUUGCAGACAGGCUAGCUUGGCCACAGAAUUAAACAUGUUGCCAC